CCAAAAGUGAUAACUCGUCAGCUACUUAAGGCGACAAAAUAAUCAGCAAUGUUUCAUAGUCGACAGAAGCUGCCCACUGAGAAGACGGACACUCAUCAACAUGAAGUUAACAAUAUUGUUUGGUGUUAUUUUGGGAAUUGUCUCGUUUGGACAAACUGCACCGACAUCAGACAAUCCUCAAGUACAUCAACUUGCUGAAGGAAUGAAAAAUUUUGGUUUCAAAUGGUCAAGUAUAAUAACAAAAAAUUCAGAUAGCAAAAAUAUUAUAACAUCUGCAACAAGUACUGGGCUGGCAUUGACUAUGUUGUACCUUGGAGCUGGUGGAAACACAAAACUUGAAAUAAAAAAAGCUCUUAAUUUACCAGAAUCAGAUGAUGUUACUAAAAGUGUACUAAAACGUAUCAAUGAAGGUUUAGAUAAACCAAGAAAAGUUGAUAUUAAAAUUGCAAAUAAAAUAUUUACAAAAUCUGGAUUUGAAAUGAAAAAAGAAUUUAAAGAUACAACUAAAGAAGUAUUUCGUGCUGAAGCUGAUAAUCUUGAUUUUCAAAAUAAUCCAGAUGAAGCCAGUAAAAAAAUUAAUGAUUGGGUUGAAUCAAGAACGAAUAAUCGUAUUAAAAAUCUUGUUUCUUCAGAUGAUGUAAAAGACAGCUCAAUGGUUUUAGUUAAUGCAGUUUAUUUCAAAGGAAAUUGGAAAAAACCAUUUGGCGGUAAAAAUGAGGCGCUUUUUAAUUUAAAUGACAAAGAGAGUAAAAAUGUUACGACAAUGCAUGGACAUGGACAAUUUAUGUACGGUGAUCUCACUGGUGUUGAUGCAAAAUACGUUAUUCUUCCAUACGAGAGUGAUAAGGAUAAGGAACAAUUUAGCAUGUUCAUUAUCAUUCCAAAUGAGAUAAAUGGAUUGAAAAGCAUUGAGACUAACAUGGGUAAUGUCAAAUGGGAAGAAGCAAUUGCUGGUGGAAAAUUACAACAUUUACAUCUUGACAUGCCAAAGUUUAAAUUAGAAAGCACCAUUGACAUCGAACCACUUUUAAAAGAGAUGGGAAUGAACGACAUGUUUAGUGAUAAAGCUGAUUUUACUGGUAUAAGUGAUAGUCAGCCAUUGAAGGUCACCAAGGCUGUACAAAAAGCAUUUAUCGAAGUUGAUGAAAAGGGAACAGAAGCAGCAGCAGCAACUGGAAUUCAAAUUGUACCAACAUCACUCGUUGUACACGAAGAACCAGAAAUUCAUGUUGCAAUAAAUCGUCCGUUUUUAUUUUCCAUUAUGAUGAUCAAAGAUAAUGUCGAAAAUUUAGUUUUCUACGGACGUUGUGUUGAUCCAAAACCCGAAUAAUUAUAUAAAUUAAUUUUAAAAUUUUACCACGGUAAAAUAAAAAUAAAUGUACAACGAAGUUUGUCUCGAAAAGAAUAAUAAUAAAUUAUUAUAUAUGUAUAUUUAUAUAAAGAAAAAAAAAUGAAUAAAUAAAUCAAUAUCAAUAAAUUAAUAUCAAUACACAAAGCAAUGAAAA